AUGAGCUUUUUCAAAAAGCCCUCGUGGGCAAUCAAGAACACAGAGGAAACUGGAAUUGAUUUUUAUCGACGCUCAGAACAAACAUACUCUGAUAUCAUUGCUGCGAACCGUGAAGCACACCACAAACCGAAAACACCGGAAAUACCAGCAGAUACCGAAGACCCAAAACAAAAAAAGCGGCGCCGAAUCUCCAGGGAAAAGGGAAAAGGGCACGAUGAUAGCAAUCUGGUGCAAAAUGUGACCCGUGAGGUUGCAUGCGAUCAAAUUAUGAUACCCGAGCCACAAGGGCUCUCGGCCUCCUCGCAUGAUUCCUCACCCGAACCAACCAAGCCUGUCAAACAACGCGAGGCAACACAAAGACUCGGCUCAGAAAAUCGUUUGUCCCAGUCACCGCAAAAAGUCAGUGGCCCAGAACCACUAGGUGCUCUGCCAGUUCGACCAGUGAUUGUCCUAGCUGACGACUCGGAAACUCGAAGCCCUCGACCCGUUCAACCUCCUCAGCCUGUUCAGCAGGCAGAUGCUCCAGCGGAUGACCCGAUUGUUCUGAUCAUGAUCUCAUCUGAAAUUGCGAAUACCAAACCAUUACUCGUCCAUCGAAAAAUGUCACAGCGGCUAAGAGAUGUGCGGUUGGCAUGGUGCAAUCGCCAAAAUUUUGAUCCCCAAAUACAGGCAUCGAUCUACCUGACUUGGAAGGGCCGACGUCUUUUCGACGUGACAACUUGCAGGAGUCUAAACAUAAACACGGGGAAGAACUCUACGGCGAUCCCUGGCAUUGAUGAUGACACCUUGGCAGACCAGAAAGAGCUGCGCAUACAUAUGGAGGCGGUUACCGACCUACCUCUGCCAGUCAAUCAGCAAAGUAUUGAGCCUGAUAAUGACAAGCCCACUACAGGGUCGCAAUCCCCAGAAGAUGACCCGGGUGAGCCAAUGAAACUUGUUUUGAGGAGUCCUGGAUACGAUGAUUUCAGAAUCAAAGCAAGAAAAAAGACCCUUAUCUCGCGACUCACGUCUGCUUUUCGAGAUAAACAGAAUGUUCCUGUUGACCAUGAUAUCUUUCUUUUGUUUGAUGGAGACAAGCUUGACCCUGAUUCAUGUCUUGGUGACUAUGACAUUGACGAUCUAGAUCUGGUGGAUGUCCAAAUCAAAUAA